CCAAACCCGCUGUCUGAGCAAAACCAGGCGGUCAGACCCCAAAAAUCCCUAUUUGGAAAACAAACAAACAAACAAACAAACAGUUGCUGGACCUUAAAAUUCCCAUUUUAGCAAAAAUAAACUGACAGGCACCAAGAUCAUGAUUGAAAACAAAAAAAUGAAUCAUUUGACCCCCUAAAUCCCCAUUUAAGGGAGAAGAAAGAUAAUAGUUCCCAAAAUCUCUAUUAGAGCAAAACUAAUCUAUUGGACCUCAAAAAUCCCUAUUUGAGCAAAACCAAGCAGUCAAACCCCAGCAUCUCCAUUAGGAAAAAAAACAAAGUAUCAAACUUAAAAACCCCUAUUUGAGCAAAAAUAAGCCACCAGAUCCCCAAAUCCCCAUUUGAGCAACUACAAGCUGUCAGACUGCAAAAUUCCCCUUCGAAAACCCCCAAGAAGUCAGACCCCCCCAAAGUCCCUGUUUGAGGACACAAAGCCCUUCUGCGCCGUGAUGGGUAGAAAGAGUUAAGAUCCCGUGGGCGCGGGCAGCCCAAUCACACCGAGCUCGGUGCGGCCCUUGGCCCCAGCACAGCAGCAGGUUGCUCUCAGCAGGUGUUAUUUUAAGUUUUUUCCUGGGUUACCAAACAAGGAGACAAUGAACGUGGAGACCCGCGGAGGAUGGGGAGCUGGAGGAUGCACCCCUGGGCUGCCCAGUGCCACUGACCUGUGCCUCCACCUCACCUCUGUGCUGCCAUGGCCACGCUAGAAACACUGCCCGUUCUUAGUGACCCGACCUACCCCAGCCUGGAAAACUUCCAUAGUUUUGCUUCCGAGCCAUCCCAACCCACCUCCCAGAGCACCAUGGGCAGCGUAGGCAGCGGAGUCGCCAACGACCAAGAGUUUGCCAUGAAGAGCGUGGGGACCCGGACACAGAGCAGUGGCCGGCAGACAGAGGGUUCUCGCAAUGGGUACUCCACGCGAGAGAUCUCCAAUCGCUACUCUGGUGAGGAGAAGACAUACAAGUCGGAGAAGGUCUCUAACUCCCUCUACAUCAACGGUGACCUGCGCAAGAGUGAGAAGGUGAAGAUGGACAUCUGUGGGAAUGUGACCACCAAUAAUGAGAAGAACAUGCCGCCUCCUCCCCAGUACCGAGAGCCCAGUAACCCACCAAAGAUAUUGCCAAUCUCCGGCAAACUAGAUCAGAGCAAUGAGCCCUUAGUUAGACCCUCAGCCUUUAAACCAGUAGUUCCUAAAAACUUCCAUUCCAUGCAGAACCUCUGCCCACCGCAGAGCAACGGGGUGACAGAGAACAGGAAGAGCUUGAACCAUGCCAACAGCAAUAGCCCGUCCGCACCCAAAAGUGGUCUCGACAAGAGCAGCCUUAACAGGACUACAAACCAAGUGGGAGGCCUUUCGGAUUCAGGUCGUAACUCGUUAACGAGCCUGCCCACAUACGGGACAGGCUACAGCCAGCACGUGGGUCCAAUGAGCGCCUCCACAAGCCACAUCAACCGCAUCGGUACAACCUACGUGGACAAGAACAUUGUGGGAUACAACGGGAUAUCUACCUCAGACAGUGGGCGGUCUUCGAGCAAGAGCACCUCUUCGUUCAACAGACUGAACCAUCUCAAUGAAACGAUGCCUUUCCACUCGCCUUCAACAGACGACAUCAUCCAAGACCUGGAAGACCGGCUGUGGGAGAAGGAGCAGGAGGUCCUCCAGAUGCGAAGGAACUUGGAUAAAAGUGAGGCAGCCAUCUUCCAAGUAUUUGAGGAGAAGCAGAAGAUCUGGGAAAGGGAAAUGGAGGACCUGAGGCAAAACUAUGCCAACAAAUUGCAACAGGUCUCCAAAAAGGCCCAGCGGGCUCAGCAGGCCCUGCAGCUCCAAAUCUUCAAGCUACAGCAAGAGAAAAAAAAACUCCAAGAUGAUAUGGGACAACUCCUCCAGCAACGAGAGGAGCUGGAGAAGAAAUUUGUGGCUUUCAAGAAGGAACAGGCUGAGUUUCUCCCAAAGAUUGAAGAGACCAAGUGGGAGGUGUGCCAGAAGGCCGGUGAGAUCUCCCUGCUCAAGCAGCAGCUGAAGGACUCCCAAGCAGACGUCUCCCAGAAGCUGAAUGAGAUUGUGGGACUGCGGACACAGCUCAAGGAAGGUAAGAACUUCCUACGGGAGAAGGAGGAGCAGAUCCUCACCCUGAAGGACUCCUACAGCUCCAAGAGCGUCAACCUGGAGAUCUGUGAAAGCGAGCUGCAGAGAAAGAUGAGUGAGGUCCAGGUGCUGAGGGAAAAACUGAACCACUGUGAGCUGGAGGUCUCCAGCCUGAAGCGGACACUUUCCAGCAUAGGACCUCCAGGGCCUUUUGGUGGGGACCUUGGUGAGAAGCUGCGGGAUCCACUGGCCUGUGAAAGCGAUGAAGCCAAGAUGCAGCGGCAGAGCGAGGAUAGUGUCAACACACUGCGGAAGGAGGUGGAGCGGCUCCAGACGGAGCUGAAGCUGGAGCGGCAGCAGCGGGAGCAGCAGGUGAUGGACUUUGAGGAGGAGCGACGCACCUGGCAAGAAGAGAAGGAGAAAGUCAUCAAGUACCAGAAACAGCUGCAACUGAACUACGUGGAGAUGUACCAGAAGAACCAGCUCCUGGAGCACAAGGUGAACGAGAUGAACACGAAGGCCACCAGCCCCCCGCACACUGAGGAGAAGAAAACAUGGACUCCCUCUAGACUUGAGCGAAUAGAGUCCACUGAGAUCUGAGGCGGGACCAAGACAAUACAACCUAAUUUUUUUAGUGCUGUGCAUGUACUACCUACUUAAGCCAGUGAUCUUCCGAAGGAUAAUACGCUACCGUAGGAGCGGUGUGAGUUGCUUGCACCAAGCUCUGUCACCCUUACUCUAUACUUCUGUGCUCUGUAGGUAAAAUAACUGUGGAUGUGCGUUGUUUUUCUAUCAAUAAUGCGACAUCUCUUCUGUUUUUUUCCUAGUACAGCUGGUGAGGGUCAAUUGGCUCUUUCGUAAUCUGCCGUGACUGUUACUUCACUAGAGGCUGCCAUCCCCUCUCCUACAAUUCACCCCUCUUCGGUUGGUUGUUUUGGAGGGUUGUAUUUGGUUUCUUUGGUUUUCCAAGUAUUUCCAUGCAGCAAAACAGUUCAAAGUGGCAGAUAUCCUUUCAGGGCGUUUUUAGCCACAUUGGCUAACAGAGCAAAGCUCUCGGGAUCCUGAGCAAACUGAUGUUCUGCAUCAAGUAUCCUGUCUAGACGGUGGUCUUAGUGAAGUCAGUGGGAGGUUGGCCACUGAUUUCAGUGAAACCAGACAUAUCUCUACCAGAUGACUCCCUCUUGACAGUCCAUGGCUACCAUGGUUGCAAGAGGUUAGGAUGUCCUUGAGGAGUAGGAUGAGCCUGUGCUGGUAACAUAAGCCAACAAGGAAUGAUGACCCAGCAGGAGUCUCUUUGGAGGCUCAUCAGAGCUGACAUAUGCUGUGUUUUCAUUUCGUUGUGGUUUUCUUCUGCAAUUCCACUUCUCUCCUGGGUGGUGACCAGCCCUGGGAGUAGAAAUACCCUCCCACCUCCAUCUUGGUCACCCUAUUCUUACUAUAUACUCAAGCUGGUUAAAGAAAGAAAAGAACUUGGAAGUCCAAGCUAGUUUCCCGUCCCAAAAGCCCUCUUACUUCCCAAAGUCAAUGGAAUCAAGGUUUGGGGAUGCCUCCAAACCUCUGGGAUGUUUAUGCAAACUGAAGCUUUAGAAAUUUGCCCAACAGUGGGCAACUGUGCUACCCCAUUCCCAAAGGAGUGACACUUCGGUGCACUCUCUUGGUCCAGGGUCUACUCAAAAAAUGGCAUCAGAGCCUCAGUCAAGAGUUGCAGUGAGCACAUAUGAGCAUGACCGAUACGUUGAACGGGGUGAGGGUGAGCCUUCAGUCCAACCAAUUCCAACAGCACCCAUAGCAAUCCCACGUGGCAUCACAUAUUCCAGAGAUAGAGAUAACACCACUGUAGCUUAAGAAGAUACUCAGCUACUAACUCUGAGCAUGAAAAGCAGUCAUAAAAAGGGAAAAUGCUUAAAAUCACGCAAGUGCUUAUGCCCUGGCAGAAUAAUAACCAAAUCCUACAUGCACACUCACUGAGAAUGGUGCAGGCUUCGAAAACCAGCAUUCAGCCUGAAAAGGUGGGCAAAGUGAGCUCAGUUCUCCCUUUCAUGGACACUUUUUUACCAUGAUACACAGUAAACAGAAAAAUAAAAUGUUGCAAAGUGGAGUUUGCGCUCACUGGGCAGUGGCCAAACAAUCAACCCAAGUGACAAUUCUGGCUCUUAGUCCUAGGGAGCAGCUAAAAGAAAGUAGAGGUAGCAUUAGGAUGCCUUGGAAUGUCUGUGAGAUGACUCCAGAGAGAGCUUGGCCAGAUCACAUUUCAUGUGCAUACCAAGGAAGAACCUCACAGCAUUGAAGGGCUGAAGACCUUCCAAACAAAAGCCCUGAAGAACAUAUUUUCCAAAUUUCCUUGCCCAAAAACUCACUAGAUCUGACCUUCAAGUUGGGAAUAAAUGUUGCUGUGGUGAGCUCUGACUGAGCAAAGAGGCUAAGCAGGAGAGAGAAGACUUCAGCUGGUCUCACCAACCUCCAGCCAAGGUCAACAGACAGUAUUACUGGGCAGGAACUGCCGGUGGCUGGCAGUGAUCCCUGGAGCCUUAGAAAAUGGAGAUGUGAAAUGAGAUUAGGGUAUUUCAAGAUCCCAGUUGACCGUACUUGUCUUUUCCCACCACUUCUGCCUGUGCCUUUGGAGCUGGAGGAAGACACAACCGAUCAGUCCAAAAAGCACCAGGGCAGCUCAGAAUAAGGCCCUCUCCCAGGACCAGCCAUAAAAUGGGGGACUAGGUUGGGUCUGACUCCUGAGGGGUAUGGAGGAGUCCCACUAUGAAUCUUGUGGAUGCUCCAGCAGUCUUGGACUUUGACACAUGCACCCCCCCCAAGGAAAGAAUGCCACCCAGCAGCAGACUUUGCUGUGCCAAGGGAGACACCUGCAUGUGCUACACAAACUUACACAUGGCCAGGCAAAUCCUAGAGCUUCCUCCACACCAUACACUGGGCCUUCAAGAUGGAGUCAUACAUCUCUCGUUGUCAGGGCUGGAGAUCUGGUGUCUUGAGUCAUCUCAGCUUUCCGUGCCUCUCUUUCCACAUCAAAUAAACCCAUAUUGUCAUCCUUCCUAACGCAGUUGUGAGGCACCUGUUCUUGUGAAGGGCUUUGCAGCGCUUGGACAAAAGGACAAAGCAUAGAGAAUUGCAAGAGGCUUAGAGUCAGAUGGUCAUAUGGUGGUUUUGAGGCCACCACAUGAAAAGCAAACCCAACAAUAAGUGCCCUCAUCACAAGAUGGGUCACUUUCACCUUUGCUCCUCCUGGGCCCAAGUGUACACUGCAAUUCCCUUCUGUGUUAACACUCAAGAGGAAUGGACACCGGUGGGACACCUUCUCACCAGAUCUCUAUGCUAAUCCAUGGGCAGGAGAAGCAGGGGCUUGUCUGGCCUCCUCACAUACCUGGAUCCAGUCAGCAGCCACCAGCCCAGCCCUCCAGCAUUCCAGGUUUUCUCCAUCAUCUUUCUCCUAGCUCUUUUUUUGCAGUGGUGCCAGGAAUGAGCACGUCUUGAUAGACCAAGUGUAACCUGGAGGCAUACAGGUUUGUCUGACUGCUGGAGAGUGCUGGGACUCAAUGGCUUCAUCAUGAAUUGCAGAGCUUCUUGGAAUGGAACAGGAGCAGCAAGGAGAGAUUUGUCACAUUGGAGGAGGAAAGGUAUGCUUCCUUCACCACCUUCUUCACUGCAUCACUUCGGUCUAGAGUUUCAAUCCAGAUCUGAGCAACCUCGAUUGUGGCCAUUCCCUGGAUGACAGAGAGCCUUGUGGACACCCAUUGAGAUGCUGUGUUGCUGCUGGUGGUUUUCCCUGCCUUGGGAUUCAUCCAGCAUUCUCCAAGCACUCAGCUGUCCUGCAGAAACUGCCCUGUUAUGCUACAGUGACAUAAAAUACAGAAGUUUUUGCCAAGUGUCCCAGCCAAACUGCCACAAAGGAUUCCUGUCCUUCAGGAAUCCACCCCACAACUGGGUGCUCUGCUCUCCAUCACAUCCUCUCCCAUUUGUUAGCACUGUGUAACCACAUGGUGGCAACCAGGCUCUCUUGGAGGUGACUGCCUUUCACUCAGCAGAGAUGGAGCAAAAUAAUGAUGGAACACCUGGGUUCAUGUUUUUUGUGCUCAGAUCUGGACCGGAUGGGAGCUCACCUUGCUCCUUCUAGAUCUUAACACUUUCACCUGAUGACUGGUUGAAGUUUCCCAUCACAGUCCAGGCCUGCGCUGGGGCCUUGGGGUCUUGCCCUAGGAGUAAGACAGCCAAGGGGUGCCAGACUAGUGUUUUGAUGACACAUCCUGGGAAUGGCCAAAGAGGUUGACAUCUUGUCUCUUGGAGGCUCAGGCAGGGCUGAUAAAGUGUUUCUGUCCCACGAAAUUGAACAGAGUUUGGGCUUGACCAUAACGCAGCUGUCUCUUCCACCUUUGCUCAGCCAGCUUUGGAGCCAACAGGAUUCAGUGUGGCAU